AGGACGGGAUUCAAAAAAAAAAAAAAAAAAAUCACCCACAGAGAGCAACAUCACCUGCGCAGAGGAAACGCUGGCCUGCCUCCCCUCCACCUCUCCUGUGGCUUUUGAAUACACACAUCCUGCACGCUGUUAUUUCACGAGAAGCGUUUCCAGGAAGGAAAUCCUGAAGUGUCCCCUCGGUGUGUAUUGUCACAGGACAGAAAUACAAGAAGGGAGGAGGAGGAGGAGGAGGAGGAGGAAGGGGCGCCCAAAUCUGUCCCUGUGUGGCUGUGGAGGAGGACGGGACCUUUUCUCUUUCUUUGGAGCUCAAAGCAACAAUGGACUGCGUUUCCAACGGGAAGUCACUCCGGGAGCCGUGCGGUCCUCUCACGCCGGAUUGUAGCGUCUCACACCGGGUUAGUUGUUGAAACAGUGUCGGUGGAGGAGGAGGAGGAGAAGGAGGAGGCGGGAGAGGGGAGAGGGGUCGUCGGUUGGAGCCCGCGAGAUGCCCGCGAGGAACAGGUACAACCUGGUGGACGAUGUGGCGGACUCGAGGGUGCCGCUCCACAACGAGGAGGCGUACCAGCAUGGGAUUCAUUUCCAAGCCAAGUACGUGGGGAGUCUCGACGUGCCCCGGCCCAACAGUCGGAUGGAGAUCGUGGCGGCCAUGAGGAGAAUCAGGUAUGAAUUCAAGGCCAAGAACAUCAAGAAGAAGAAGGUCAGCAUUGUGGUGUCUGUGGACGGAGUCAAGGUGAUGCUGAGGAAGAAACAGAAGAGAAAAGAAUGGACAUGGGACGAGAGCAAGAUGAUGAUCAUGCAAGAUCCCAUAUACAGGAUUUUCUACGUGUCUCACGACUCCCAAGACUUAAAGAUCUUCAGCUACAUCGCGAGAGAUGGCACCAGUAAUUCCUUCAGAUGUAAUGUCUUCAAGUCAAAGAAAAAGACGCAGGCCAUGCGUAUUGUGCGGACAGUGGGUCAGGCCUUCGAGGUGUGCCAUAAGCUCAGUCUGCAGCAUGCUGAGCAGGAUGCAGACGGACAGGCGGACGGAGAGAGUGACAAGUCCACAGAGGAGCCGAGCAGCCAAGGCCGUAAACUGACAGGGGCAGAGCAAGGAGGGGAAGAAGAGGACGGAAAACAAGGAGGAAGACGAGGAGGAGAAGAUCCUUCAACUGGCAACUCGCUGUGUGAAAAGGCAGUCAGUGAAAUUCUGCAGAGUCUGGCUGAGCUGAACGUGGUGAGGCCCGGACAGACAAUUAUAGACUUGGAUCGGAGGUCCCUCUUCACUGUGACAUCCCAAGGCGUUUCUCCCAGCAGCCCUUGCUCUCUCACUCCCCUGGCAUCACAGCACUACUUGCAGCUCCUCCAGCAGCAGCUGCAGCAGCAGCAGCAGCACACACAGGUGGCCGUCGCACAGGUGCAGCUGCUGAAGGAUCAGAUGGCAGCAGAGACUGCUGCUCGUAUGGAGGCUCAGGCCCGUGUCCACCAGCUGCUGCUGCAGAACAGGGACUUGCUGCAGCACCUGGCACUGCUUGUGCAGCAGCUGAAAGAGCUGGAGACCCGCUCCCCAAAAGCAGCACUAGCAGAGCAACCACACCAGGAGCCUCAAGCUAACGGGCACAGUGGAUCCGAGUCGUCAGUUUCUCCAUCAGCAAAGUCACUGUCUCUGAAUCUGAAGAAUCAACUCAACCAGACCCUGGACCAGCUCAUCACCUCCACACCUGCAUGGCCAGUCCAAACCUCACCCUUCUCCCCCUCCCAGGUGGAUUGCGCCGAGUCCUACCUGAACCUGCUCAACCUGGAGAAUGGCACCAAACCAGACGCAUCACUGAACGGAGACCUGGACCCCUUCAUCAGGGCCAAUGGGAUGGUGGACAACAAGGAGAACUCGUGCAGUGAGAUUGUCCCGUCCCAGAGGAACUCUGCCAGCAUGGAUGAAAAGUAUAAACAGACGAUCCCCAAACUCGAUCCCCCUCCGCCCUCCAUGAACCGCAAGCGGGCCAGCAGGACCUUGUCUCCGGGGUCAGACUUCCCAGCCGUGUCAGAGGCCACCAGCUCUAACGACGUGGCCCCCAGCCGCAGCAGCAGCCUCUCGUUCCCAGACAUCACCCCCAGCUCCUUGUCGUCGGCUGAUUUCCACUCGCUCAGCAACGGCGAGAGCAGCUCCUGCUCGGCCAGCGAGGACUCUGGCGUGCGCUCUGAGACCAAGUCCCUGCUGUCGCCACUGCGCGAUGACGACGACCUCUUCGGGGACCGUGGGACAUUUCUAACGGCCUCCAGCGGCUGUGACAGUCCCCUGGAGGAGAGGUGCGAGGCGAUUCUCUCUCCCUCCAAGUCGUAUCCCGCCGAGCCCCUCGUCCUGGUCUCACAUUCGGACACCUUUGAGCACCCACUGCCCUUCUCCUCUCCCAUGAAUGAUACCUGCCUUCACAUCAGUUUCUCUGAGGAUGAGCUGCUGGAGAGCAGCCAGGAGGACCCUAACGUCCCGCAGCGGAGUUAGGGGGAUGAGCUGACGGGCCCCUGGAGACCUCUCACCGUGUCCUUCAAUCAGCUUUUUAAUGCAAUACUUCCUGUCAGACCCUCCUAUGUUUGCACUGGGCUCCAUUUCAGGACCUGUAAUUAGCUCGUCCACUUGUGACACAAUACAGACAUAGAAUAGUUGCCGAAGAAUAAUCUAUCGUAAUAAAUUAUUAGCCAGAUUUAGUAUUUUUGUAAUGAAAUUAAUGAUCUAAUUUACUUUGUAGUGACUAGAAUGUUAAGCAGAAAACAUGUAGCAGUUCUCGCACUGUUAAGGUCACGCGUAAUUUACCGUAGAGCUCAAAGCCAACGAGGGACACAUUUUUAUUUUUGCUAGUAGUCGACAUUACACAUUGUUUUUGUAUGAUGCUUCACUGUGGCGCAACAACUACUGUGGAAUAUGUGACUUUCUGCAGGUUUUAUUCACGAUGAUCAUGCAAAUGUCUGGUGAUGUUGGGAAGAGCCUCGCAGUCUGUAAAGCACCUGAGAGGAUGAUGAGCGGAGAGAAAAGAACAAGAAAGUCAGAUUACGGAAAAGGGGGAGAAUAAAAAUGUGCAGAUGUAGUUUCGGUGUAUGCACAUCCAUUUGUGUCUGUUAAGUGGGUUUUAGAAAGUUUUGUGCUGCUUGUAUUCGUGUUUUUUCAGACUUGUAGGUCUUAAAGCAGCGCUGGAAAAUUGCAUUCGAUUCUGUUGAUAGCACGGCGGUAAUCCCUGAAAAUAAAGGGAUUACCACAUUGACCUGAAAUGUGUUAGUUUUGAGAAAAGGCAAUGGAAGAGAGCAAAGUCCACACAAUGAUGGCAGUGAAAGCUUCGGAUUGCACCUGUCUGAGUGGGUAGUCCGGUAUAAAAUGAACUCGAUGGAAAGAUGAUUGUGGAAUUUGGAACGCUUGGCAGAUGGAUUUUCUAUGUUCUGUCAUGAAUCUUGAAUAACCAGCAAACUGGUUUUGUUUCGAGCUCUCAGGACAGAAUGACAUUGUUUAUAUGUUGUCCUCAUAUGUGUGUAGCUUAAUCUAAACAUUGGGAACAUUGUUUUAGCUUCAUACAGUUGAGCUACAAUGACGAUGAUCAAUCAUCAGAUAAUUCAUCUAUAAUAAUUAGGAUAAUCAGUUUCUGGUUAGUGUUUUUAAAUGUACUCGUUCCAGCUUCUCAUAUGUGAAUAUUUGCUGUUGCUUGUUGGUAAGAUUUUAAAGCAACAGUAUGUAAUUAUGUGAGGCAGUGGAGAAAAUGGUUAAAUCCACAAUGAAAAUAAUCCUUUGUUCCUCCAUAGAACUGAAUAUGGAGCUUUCAAGAUAAGAUAUUUAAUAAAACAAGACAUUACCGUGUUGUAGAGCUGUGCCUUAGAAUAAUAUAGCAAUAUUUUUAGACUCUUGACAUUUUGAAAUCUCAAAAGCAGCUUUUUGACCAAAUACCUUGAUAUUGCGAUAAUAUUGUAUGGAUGAUUAUUAGUGUUUUCACAGAAUAUUAACCCAGUUAUAUUUUUGAUCAGUGAUCAUCAGUAAUGUACAUAUAAUGACUUAGUGGGUAAAGGGAAGUAUUAAAACAAGUAGAAGAUCCUGGUAAGUUCAGAAAUGUAAUGUAACGCAGCCUUUAAAACCAGGAAAAUCCAAAAUCUAAGAUGAAAUACAGUCUCAUAUCACGAUUAUGAUUUAAUAUCAUGACUGGUUUAAUGAUUAAGGUUACCGGUGUAACUGCUGACAGGUAGAAGUAACAGUAAAUGGAAGCGAGAGGGAAAGCAGCUGAGGUGUGAGGAGAGGGGUGGUGAGAAGGUGCAGGUGUAAAAUGCCCUCUGGCGGAGAGCUUUUAACGCCCAGAGACGAGGCUUUUCUCAGCAUCACGCGUGGCAGGCGAGGUAUGACAGCAAUAACGUGUGGAAGAAAAAAAAUAAAGAGGAAUAGCUGGAGAACGUCA